UUUUAGAAGCUUCAGAGGAAUGUUUUCUUAAUUUUCUUGACAAUUCGAAGAAAUGACUCUCCACAACAUUGCAUUGCACCUUCUCCCGGUUUUUAUUUUCGCUAUUUUUCUCAUAAUUCUGAUCUUCGUGUGUCGGAAAGCAGACUCAAAGAUUAUUUCAAGGUUCUCAUCGAGAAGAUCAAGCCAAAUGUCACUCGCAUCCCGGAAAUCGAGUUCUGCGACAAAUCCCCGUCAAUGUGCAAUGAAUUUGGUCACAAAUUCAUCAGAUUUUAUGGAGAAGGAACCAAUUUCUGAGAAACCUGUAUUUGUUUAACUUUUUCCACUUUUUGUAUAUAUUUUUUUUAAAAUAAAAGCUGCUGCUACU